ACGAGUGUGCGGAGUCUACACCGCGGGCUCCGGGACUCUCCUGCUAGACGGUACCCCUCAGGGUCAUCCACUGUCUCUGCGCUCCACGCCCAGAUCCUGAUCCCGAGGGGCGGCAGACCCAGCCCCUCCCCGUGGCUGCCCUGGGGCUGCAGCUGCCUGGAGCGCCACUUGCGAGACCGUAGCGGCUUUGCCAGGACUGGCUCGGUCCCCGGAUUCGCCACCAGGUCCGCCUCCUCCCUCCCCUUCCCGCACCGCCUCCGCCUCCUUCCUCUGCCUCCACCCUCACCCCUUCCCGUCGGUGGGGAGCUCGGCUCCGAGCAGCGCUCAGCCGGCCGCAGCUUGGAUGUGGGCUCGGGACAAGUGCUCUGCGCCUCCGCUCGAGAUGGACAGCCGCUACACCAGCGCCGCGGGCAUCGGGGACUUGAACCAGCUGAGUGCCGCCAUCCCUGCCACACGCGUGGAGGUCUCGGUGUCCUGCAGAAAUCUUCUUGAUAGAGACACAUUUUCUAAGUCUGAUCCAAUUUGUGUCUUAUAUAUACAAGCAGUUGGAAAUAAAGAAUGGAGAGAGUUUGGAAGAACUGAAGUGAUCGAUAAUACAUUGAAUCCUGAUUUUGUAAGAAAAUUUAUUCUGGACUAUUUCUUUGAAGAAAGAGAGAAUCUUCGUUUUGACUUAUAUGAUGUUGAUUCAAAGAGUCCCAAUUUAUCCAAACAUGACUUUCUGGGCCAAGUGUUUUGUACAUUGGGGGAGAUUGUUGGUUCACAGGGAAGUCGUCUGGAAAAGCCAAUAGUAGGAAUUCCAGGCAGGAAAUGUGGCACAAUCAUACUGACGGCAGAGGAGCUAAAUUGCUGCAGGGAUGCUGUCUUGAUGCAGUUUUGUGCGAACAAAUUGGACAAGAAGGAUUUUUUCGGGAAGUCGGAUCCUUUCCUUGUAUUUUAUCGAAGUAAUGAAGAUGGAAGUUUUACUAUUUGUCACAAGACAGAAGUUGUCAAAAACACCCUAAAUCCUGUGUGGCAAGCCUUCAAGAUCUCAGUCAGAGCCUUGUGCAAUGGGGAUUACGACAGAACGAUUAAAGUAGAGGUGUAUGACUGGGACCGAGAUGGGAGUCAUGAUUUCAUUGGAGAAUUUACAACAAGCUAUCGAGAACUUUCCAGAGGACAAUCACAAUUCAACGUCUAUGAGGUGGUGAAUCCCAAAAAGAAAGGAAAAAAGAAGAAAUACACCAAUUCAGGAACUGUAACCUUACUGUCUUUCUUGGUGGAAACAGAAGUCUCCUUCCUGGACUAUAUUAAAGGAGGAACGCAGAUCAACUUCACCGUGGCUAUUGACUUCACAGCAUCAAACGGAAAUCCUGCCCAGCCUACUUCUCUCCACUACAUGAACCCUUACCAACUGAAUGCCUAUGGCAUGGCCCUGAAGGCUGUGGGAGAAAUCGUUCAAGAUUAUGACAGUGAUAAAAUGUUCCCAGCUCUUGGUUUUGGUGCGAAGCUGCCUCCAGAUGGAAGGAUAUCUCAUGAGUUUGCUUUGAACGGCAACCCUCAGAAUCCUUAUUGUGAUGGCAUUGAAGGGGUCAUGGAAGCUUAUUAUAGAAGUCUGAAAUCUGUGCAGCUGUAUGGGCCAACCAACUUUGCUCCUGUGAUAAACCACGUAGCGAGGUAUGCAUCUUCCGUAAAAGAUGGCUCCCAGUAUUUUGUGCUCCUGAUUGUGACAGACGGUGUGAUCUCAGAUAUGGCUCAAACUAAAGAAUCCAUAGUUAAUGCCUCGAAGCUUCCAAUGUCAAUAAUUAUAGUAGGUGUUGGACCUGCAGAAUUUGAUGCAAUGGUUGAAUUGGAUGGAGACGAUGUAAGAGUUUCUUCCAGAGGGAAAUAUGCUGAAAGGGACAUUGUACAGUUUGUACCAUUCAGGGACUACAUGGACAGAAGUGGAAACCACAUAUUAAGCAUGGCUAGACUGGCCAAAGAUGUCUUAGCGGAGAUCCCCGAGCAGUUCCUCUCCUACAUGAGGGCCCGAGGAAUCAAGCCAUCGCCUGCACCUCCGCCAUACACUCCGCCUACACAUGUGCUGCAGACGCAGAUAUGACUACGUCCAGAUGUCGAUGUCCAUCACGCGUGUCCAGAUGCUGAUGUCCACCACACGUCGGUCAACUGCUGAGCCUGAGCUUUUCACCUGGUGCUCUGCUAUGAACCAGGGAAGGAGACAUUUUCUCAGUUGGGUUUCAGCAGUACUCGAUAAUGUGCUUUCUUGGAUCCAAAACCAAUUCUCUUCCUAAACCAAAACUGUAAAUAUGGUGGUUGCAUGAGCAACAGGAAAAAACUGUUUAAAAUGCUUGAAGCAAAGUAGAGAUGUCUUCUCUAAUUUUCAGAUAUUUUUGUUUUGUUCUCGACAGAAUAGCAAAUUUCCAAUGUAUUAUUGGGAAAAAGCACAAGCUACAUUUUUAACACAAAUAUUGUCCUCGACUGCUAUAUACAUAUAUGGGACAGCAGUCUCUGUAUCAAUGUUUACAUGUUACUACUUUUUAAAUUUCAAUACUUUUAUAACUGUUCUUAAGAAUAAGUUUUGAAUAUUGAAUCCUUUGUCUUCUAAAUUGCAAUAGCUAUAAUCACAAGAGCAAUAUCUCUUUGAAUGACUGUCUGGACAUUCAUGGUAUGAAUAGGGAAGAGUAGAGGAAGAAAAAUUUAUUUAGUGAGUAAAAUCUGUCCUCAGUUUUGGAAAAUAGUGGGAGUUUAAACUUAUAAACAGAUGUGACCCUGUAUGAAUAUGCACUUUUCAUGGACUACAACAGACUUUGUGUUUUGCAGUGCUAAAGUAGAAACCACGAAAAGGCAAACACAGUGAACUGCAAAUCCACAGAAUAUACUUUAUAUAAAAACUGCCAUCAUUAUAAUGCUAUUUAACAAGUAAAACCAAGACUGUAACUCGGAACCAUGUGACAGGGGUUUUGAACCUUGUAUUCAGUUGUAUCCUGUCUAGAUAUUUUAAUUCGAAGGGAUACUCGCUCUCUUGCUUGGGGUUUCCUGUUCUCACCAGUCCACUUCGCCAUCCGGGUUGCACAGGCUGGAGUCUCUUGUGAGUUCUCAGUUCCACAUUCACAACCCUGUGACUUAGCACAUGACACAUUUGUGAAAGAAACUUGUUCCUGUCCCCUGACCUGCCUGUUUGUAAAAUAACCCAACAAGCCCAUCCCUGUCCCCUGGCCUGCCUGCUCACCAACCAAUCCUAAAUAGUUUUCAGUGUACAGUUUUUAUACGAAUUACAAGUUUUGUGAAGUUAUGUAUAAACUUCUUUAGAACAAAUGGCCUUAAAUUCUCACAGAAUUCCUGGAAAUGAUCGUGAAUUGCCUUCAACAUACAGAAAUGUGUAUUUACUUAUUGUUCUUUUUGUGUCAAUGGUGUGACCGCUUUAUAACCUCUCUGCCUUCCCCUCUUUGCUACUUGGAUUAUUCCUACCGUGUGUUCUCUUGUCACGACUGGACAAAUAGUGACUUUUAUAAGCAUGAAACUGUUUUACUGGAAAAAAUGCAUAAUCCUCACAGAUAACAGAAUCACAGUCACAUAACUGUGAUAUGAAUUGUCCAUUUUUAAGUACACAUUAAAAUCUUUAAAAGGAUAACUGUGUUCUGUAUAUAUUGUGACAGGGGUGGAAUCUCAUAAUUUUCUUUGCUGAUCUUAAACAUUUAUGCCAGUUUAUUUUUAUUACCCUACAUAUUUUUUUAAAAAAUUAACUUCAUUCUUCAGUCCAAAAGAAAAAAGUAAAUAAGACCAAUAAUAAUCCCCUUGUGUCUAACACCAGUUAUUUUCCUUGUACUGACAAGCAACACAAUCCUGUCUGAGUGAACACACUCCUGUCUUAAUAUAGUAUCUAUCUUUGAUUUUUUGCAAAAAGGUAGAUCUAUGUUCGAAUCCAAUUUGCUAACCCAUGCCUCUUUACCGGGGGGAACUGAGAACAUUAAUGUCUAGAGCUGUUUGUGAAAAAUGUGUAUUACCUGCUAUUAUUUUCUCGUAGU